CACAAGUACCGGGCAUUGCAGCUGAGCACAAUGUCUCUCUCGUAGUACCCUUCCACUGCUUUAAAUCCUUUACAAUGCUGCCAUGCUUCCUCUGCUAUAUCUCACCUCUCUUCUGCGUUUGCCUCUUGAUCAUGUUACCUCUAAGUCUUCUUUGCCCUUCUGUUUGCAUAUGCUUGGACUAUCACACCAUAGACUGCAGGGAUCAAGGACUUCCCAGCCUUCCCAAUCUAUUUCCCCUGGACAUACGGAAACUUCUGGCCGCCAACAACCACAUCCAGUCCAUCCCAGCGGACCUGUUCUUGUUCUACGCCGACCUGGUCUACCUGGAUCUGCGGAACAACUCGUUGACCUCGCUGGAAGAGGGCACCUUCAGUACAUCCACACGGCUGGUGUUCCUGGAUUUAAGUUACAACAACCUGACGCAGCUGGAAGCCGGGAUUUUCAAAUCGGCCGACAGGCUCAUCAAGUUGAGCCUGGGGAACAAUAAUCUCUCGGAGGUGCACGAAGAUGCCUUUGAGAACUUGGACGCUCUCCAAGUGCUGGAACUCAAUGACAAUAAUUUUCAAAGUAUCAGCGUGGCCGUGCUGGAAUCGCUUCCAUCCCUCCGGACGGUGCGCCUGGAGGGGAACCCUUGGCUAUGUGACUGCGAGUUUGCCAACCUCUUUUUUUGGAUUGAUGAAAACUCCAAUAAGCUGCAAAAAGGUGUGGAGGAAAUUCAGUGCAUCUUAGAGGAUCGAAAAGUCUUCCUGCAUGAGCUGUCCGAUAUCAGCUUCAGCGAAUGCAAAUUCAGCUUGUCAUUAACAGACUUUUUAAUCAUUAUCUUCUCUGGAGUAGCUGUCUCCAUAGCUGCCAUUUUUUCAAGCUUCUUCCUGGCGACAACUGUGCACUGCUUCCAUAAAUGUGCACCAAGCAAGGAUGAAGAUGACGACGAUGAUGAAAAGUAGGAACUGCACAUGUAGCCUUUUAUGGAAAUAUAUAAAUAGAGCCGUGAUCCUGAGCUAAGUGUAGUAGUCCAGGGCAAGCAGA